AUGUCGCAAAAGGGCAGAUCUCUCCUUCAAAGGAUUAAAGCCAAGUUUAGAAGACGGUCAAAAGACAACAAGCAGUAUUCACGGGAUGCUCUACAGGGAAACAGCGACGCAAAUGACCUCCACGAUACCCAUUUUACGAAUGUAGGUGGUAAAACGACGGACAACAGGCCUCUUACAGCCGGGACGGAUAGGCGCCCAAACUCUUCAACGCCAGCGAACAGGACAGAUAUACGUCAAAACGAUUUGCGGAUAGUGAACAAGAGUACGAAGCGUGGAUCUGUGGAUGAGAGCUUCAAGAGUGUAUAUCUAAACGAUUAUCAUUUUGCAGAUUUAGGCCACGAUGAGCAAGGAACAGGAACUGCUGCAGCCACGGCUCAGCCCCCGAGAGUAACAAAUGGUCUUCACGCAACAAAUAAGGAAAGACGUUCGACUGGCUCUUCCGAUCAUCAUGGACGUCAUGGUAACCGCCGACGCAGUGACACGGCUGAUUCAAUAUCGAUUCCACGAAAACCAUUGACGAGCUCUCACGGUAUGGCUAUGCAAGAUGGACCUCGACCAGAUAGUUUGGCCAUCCGGCCAAGGGGAACACGUGGAAGUGCCGGGUCGGAGAACAUGCUUACGCCAGAAGGGACAGAAGGGACACAGAGGCUAAUUCCGACUCCUGAUUUUGGCAAAACCGAUUUUGCGGACUUCGACCUUACCGACACUGUUGACACCGAUCAGUAUACAUAUCAAGCUCCCGCUGUGACACAUGAAGUUGUCCGGCCGCAUAUUCAUGAGAUCACUCACAAAGAAAUCCACCGGGAUAUCCAUAACCACGAGUAUCGUCACUACAUCCAACCUGUAUUCGAGCAGGAGUUCUUGCCAGCACGCCACUUUGUCCCGGACGAAGAAGGGAAUUUGCAAGAGGUAUCUGCUAAAGACCUAGAGGGCAUCCCAGGUUGCAGCGGUGCACACACGGACUAUUCCUUUCAUGGAAAGCCAUCACUUGACGGGUUCAACCAUGGUGAGAGUGAUCGAUUGAUUGGACAGACGACAUAA